AUGUCGGGGAUAUUUGGUGUCAUUGUUUCUGGCCGGCUACCCAUUGAGGUUUUGCCAGUCUCUGAAACUGAAUUUUCCUGUGAAAUUUUCGAUGCCGAUUCGAUAAAUCAUGUUGUUGUAUUUUUGACCGGAUCUCAACCGUUUCCAGAUGGUUUUGGUGGUUCUGGUGAGUGCGUUUUGAUCUGAAAAUUGAAAAAAACUUGGAAUUUCAGUUUAUAUUCGAUGGCCGACGUCUGAGAGCAGUAUGAACUGGCAUUAUUUAGGAUUUGUGUGCAAUCAGAAGCCAAGUGCAAUUUUCAAAGUGGCGCAGGUGAAUUAUUUUGAUUUCGAAACUUUUGACGGCAAAAAAUUCACGUGGCAAGAGAAAAUCAAUUUUUUAUUGAACAAUUGAUGUAAAAAUUCCACGAGGCAUUUCUAGAGUUGAAAGAAAAGCAUAUUUUCUGGCUCCGAAAAACCCACGUGUCAUCAACUUCUUUUAUUUUUGCAGCUCCACAAAUCUGCUGCUCAACACAGUCAAGUUUUCGGUGGUGGAAUGUCGGAAAUGUCGCAUUCAAGUGGAUCAGCACAAAUAGGAUUGAUUGUAGAACAAUUGUCGAUAAUCGAGGGAAAACAAGCAUCGGAAGGGACAAGUGCGAGUCAGCAGGUGAUUUUUCAGUAGAUUUUGAGAUGAUUCUGUUGUCAUUGUUUUGCUCAAUUUUGACUUGAGUUAUGACGUGGCAAAGUUUUUUUUUGAAAAUGAUAAUCUAGUGGAAUAACCUUUUUCGAAAAAAACUUGAGUCUGAAUCUACAUUCAAUUCAGUUCAGAAAACUGUUCAAAUAAUAUGAGAAAUUGUUAACCAGAAGAAUUUCCACCCAAGUUUUGAGAUCUUCUCGAAAAUUGAGCUGCUGGAUAUUGAGAACCUUGAUUUCAGACAGAAAGAUUGCUCUAAAGUUAGCCCACACCUCGGCCAAACCGUGGCUGGCCAGAGUACAAUUUUUGGAAAAAACUGAAUUUCAGUUUUUAGAGGUCAAAAAUUGAAAAAUCACAAAUUUUAGAGAACAAAAACUGAAAAAUCCGAAAGUUUUGUACUGUAAAAAGUUAGCGUACAAUUUUUGUUUUGGGAACCACGAUUUUGGCCGAGGUAUGAGUUAGCCAUAUCACAAUAUUUGUCACGUCAUAACUCAUCUUAAGAGUUGAGCUAAAUCAUUUUUGCCGAAAUUCCCAUGUUACAUUUUGUAUCAAAAAUUGUUGCCCGCGCGCGCCAAAAAACCAGCUAUCAUCAUUUUUGUGUUUCGCUAACCCCGUAAAAAGUAAUAAAUCACACACUCCUCCGCAAAAAACUGUUUUUUAGUCAACAUUGGUCGAGUUUGCGGAUAAGAUGAUUAGGAAUUUGAUCAAUCACACCGAAUCAUUCACUGUCAAGUUACCCAAUGCGAAUGGUAUGUGUUUCUUGGUUGUUUUUGGGUUUGGGGCAGAGUUCCGAAUUUGCAACACCUUGAAACCGUUUUAUACCGACACCACACACUGUUUCGGUUUCAUUAGGGUGUCGUUAAACGACACCCGAGUGAAACCCAUCCUCGGUGAAUGACACCCUAAUGAAACCCAUUGCUGAAAUUUCGCAUUGAAGUUGAAAUUUUUGUAAAUCGUCUGAAAAUUAGUUUUUGAGAAGGGUGAAGCUUGAAUUUCAGCUUCUGCUAUCACUGUAAGCUUAAGCUUCAACCCAGCAGCUGUUAUCAGUAAUUAUCAGUGAAAUUUCAAAAUUAUCGGAUUGAGCUGGGAGUUGGAGGAACUGAUGUUUGGUAAUAGUAGAUGACAUUUUUGAUAAGUUUAGAGCUCCAGCUUCAUCUCAGAAGCUCUUAUAAGUCCUUAUCACUAAAUUAUCAAUAUGCUCAGAUUGAGCUCAAACUUGCAGAAAAUGAUGUCUGGGGCUAGUAGAGACUAUUUUUGAUAACUUUAUACAUCAAGCUUCAUCUCAAAAGCUACUAUCACCUGUUAUCACUAAAUUAUCAAUAUCAUCUGAUAAGGCUGAAAAUCGGGAUUUUUGGGUUUUCGAGUAUGGGGAAUCGUGUGCUGAUAAUCAUUUUGUCUGAAAACCACUCUUAAAGGACCCCAUCACUCAAAAAAAAUUUUUCGAAAAAUUAUGUUCCGGCGUUUUUCGGUACGGGGAGUCAUGUGGUGCUGAUCAAUCGACUCAAAACUCGUUUUUAAAGGCAGUAAACAUGCAAAAAUUAAUUUUUUUUUAAUUUCAAGAUCAGUGGUUUUUCGGUAAGAGGAACAUCGUGAUAAUACCCAUUUGAUCUAAAAAUGACUUUUUUUAAGCUUAAAGUGAUAGCAGAAGCUGAAAUUCAAGCUUCACCCUUCUCAAAAACUCAUUUUCAGACGAUUUACAAAAAUUUCAACUUCAAUGCGAAAUUUCAGCAAUGGGUUUCAUUAAGGUGUCAUUCAACGAGGAUAGGUUUCACUCGGGUGUCGUUUAACGACACCCUAAUGAAACCGAAACAGUGUGAGGUGUCGGUAUAAAACGGUUUCAAGGUGUUGCAAAUUCGGAACUCUGGUUUGGGGUUUUGGGAAGAGCUGGGGGAUUUUUUGAAAUGAAAAUUGAGAUUGAAAACGUGAAACGUGAAUAAUGACGUGGAUUUUGAAAAUGUUAUUUCUGAUUUAAUAUUUCAAAUUCACAAUCAGUGUAAAUUUUUUUAAUGUCAAAAAAGGAUCUUUUCGAUCAACGUCCCAAAGAAUUCGCAACAUUUUUCAAGUUUGCCACGUCAUAACUCAUCUUUAGAAUUGAGCGAACUAAUUUCAAACAUCGGAAUCGUGAUUUGCGAGUUGAAAGCUCCAAUUUUUAAUCCCAAAUUUUACACUGACUUCAAUUUUUCAAAAAACAAUAAUUCUACUGAUCAAAAUUCACAUGAAAUUUCAAUUCAAUUUGUUUUGUUCAAUAUAAUAUAUCCUUAUCUCUUAUGAAGAUUUCGUUCUCAUAUGACUAUGUUUUUUUUUCUAACAAAGAACGAUUAAAAAAUGUCACUUCCUUGCGGAUUUUCAUGGUCAUUUUCUAUUGGGAGGUCAGAUAGAUCAGCAACUAUUUUUUUGUGGGAUUCUAGGCUUAUGGCGUGAAAAAUCCCCCAAUUUUUCCAGGCCAAUUGCAAGAAUUCAUCCCAGUGAACGCCUUUCAAUCGUGGUACAACUCAUUUUCGCGACGAUUCACAGCAAAUCCAUUUUUCUGGAAAACUUUGAAUAAUACCUGA